GUAAUGACCAGGCAUAGAACCAACCCUGGAGAUGCCGAAGAGAAGAGAUAUUCUUGCCAUCGUGUUGAUUGUGUUACCAUGGACCCUCCUCAUCACUGUGUGGCACCAAAGUGCAAUUGCUCCCCUGCUUGCCAUCCGAAAGGAUGACGCGACGGAGACUAGACACGAGAAUGGGCCGGCAACAGACUCAAAAGAAUACUGCUCACAGGACAAGGACAUAGUAGAGGUGGUUCGUACAGAAUAUGUGUAUACAAGACCUCCACCCUGGUCUGACGUUUUACCCACCAUUCAUGUCAUCACCCCGACAUACAGCCGUCCUGUGCAGAAAGCAGAGUUAACGCGAUUGGCCAACACAUUCCUUCAUGUGCCCAACCUGCACUGGAUCCUGGUGGAGGACUCUCAGAGGAGAACCCCUCUGGUCACGAGGCUUCUGAGGGAAACCGGGCUGAACUACACACACCUCAAUGUGGAGACCCCACGGAACUACAAGCUGCGAGGGGACACGAGAGAUCCCAGGAUUCCACGUGGCACCAUGCAGAGGAAUCUGGCUCUGAGAUGGCUAAGGGAGACCUUCAGUUCCAACAGCAGCCAGGCGGGAAUCGUUUACUUCGCAGAUGAUGAUAAUACGUACAGCUUGGAGCUGUUUGAGGAGAUGCGGUCCACUCGUAAAGUAUCGGUGUGGCCAGUUGCGUUUGUUGGAGGUUUGCGGUACGAGUCCCCAAAGGUCAAUGCAGCAGGAAAAGUAUACGGCUGGAAAACAGUAUUCGACCCUCACCGUCCCUUUGCCAUCGAUAUGGCAGGGUUUGCCAUCAACCUGAGGCUUAUUCUGUUUAAGCCUCAGGCCUAUUUCAAGUUACGAGGGGUUAAGGGAGGCUACCAGGAGAGCAGCCUGCUCAGAGAGCUGGUCACACUCAAUGACCUGGAACCCAAAGCCGCCAACUGCACUAAGAUUCUUGUGUGGCACACGCGGACGGAAAAACCUGUCCUGGUGAACGAAGGCAAAAAAGGCUUCACAGACCCAAAUGUGGAGAUCUGACAUCUGCUUCGGCGUCGGGAUGUAUCCAGCAGGACCCGAAAGGGAAUGGCAGGCUGUAAUUACCCACUACUACAUUUUUCUGAACAGUUUGAAUGCUUUGUCCUGUAACCCACAACUAAGCAAGCUCAACAAUAUGGACCUAUUAUUACCUGAUGUAAAGCACAGAAUAGUCUUUUUAAAGGCAAUACCAUCAGUAUUUUACAAGAACAAAACAAGAGCCAGAAAAGAAAUGUUGGUGUAUAUUGAUGAGGGGAACAUCUGUGACCUGAUAAAACUGCUCACUUCCAGGAUGAAUUUUAUAAACUCUACUUAAAAGAGCCCCCCCACAAAAGUAUGUUACAGCAGUCUCAAAGUGCUGACCAAGAGCGUCAUCGAUUUAAGAUCGUCAUUGUUCCUACGCGUCUGACGGACUGACACUUAAACAUAAAGAAGGGAAUGUCUUCGUUUUGUUUUA